UGGUCAAAGCGUCCUGCUUCUCUCCCAAGUCGGCGAACCAGCGUUUUCCCUGCUCUCGCUCACUCAGUCGCAACCAUGGGCAAAGGCUACAGCGCCGCCAUCGCGUCUAACCCUUACAUCGUCGGCUCGUUCGCAUGUAUCGGCGGCGGUCUCUUCGGUCUGGACAUCUCGUCCAUGUCCGGUGUGCUUUCCAAUGACGCCUACAAGAACACCUUCGGUAACCCCGGCCCCAAUGCACAGGGCGCCAUCGUCGCCGCCAUGCCCGCCGGCUCCUUCGUCGGUGCGCUCGCCGUCUCGAAGUUGGCCGACGUGAUCGGUCGCAAGUGGACAGUCAUUCUGAGCGGUUGGAUCUGGGUCAUCGGCAGUAUUCUCCAGGCCGCUGCUGUCAACCGUGGCAUGCUCGUCGUCGGCCGUAUCAUCUCAGGCCUCGCUGUUGGCAUUGCGUCUGCCAUCGUUCCACUCUACCAGUCUGAGAUCACCGAGCCCCGCAUUCGUGGUCGGAUCGUAGCUUUGCAGCAAUGGUCAAUCACCUGGGGUAUCCUCCUCCAGUACUUCGUCCAGUUCGGAUGCUCGUACAUCAACGGCACUGCGUCGUUCCGGAUUCCGUGGGGUCUGCAGAUGAUCCCCGCUAUCAUUCUCUCCCUCGGCAUGCUCCUCUUCCCCGAGUCUCCGCGUUGGCUCGUCGACCACGACCGGUCUGAGGAGGCACUCGAGAUCCUCGCCGACCUGCACGGUAAGGGCGACCCGAACUCCGAGCUCGUCCAGCUCGAGAUCGUCGAGAUUCAGGAGCAAGUCAAGUUCGAGCGCACGGAGGGCGCCAAGUCCUACCUCGACCUCAUCCGCCCAGGCAUCUUCCGCCGCGUCACGCUCGGCAUGUCCCUCCAGAUGUGGUCGCAGCUCUCCGGCAUGAACAUCAUGAUGUACUACAUCAUCUACGUCUUCCAGGGUGCGGGUCUCACGGGCCGCCGCGGCAACCUCAUCGCGGACUCCGUCCAGUACAUCCUCAACGUGCUCUUCACCAUCCCCGCGAUCGUCUACAUCGACAAGUGGGGCCGCCGCCCGAUGCUCCUCGCCGGCACGCUCCUCAUGGGCUUCUGGCUCAUGCUCGUCGGCGGUCUCCAAGGCCGUUUCGGAUCGUGGGGCGAGGUCGACGGCUCGCGCGUCUGGGUCAUCUCCGACCACGACGGCAUCACCAAGGCCAUUAUCGUCUUCUCGUACCUCUUCGUCUGCAGUUUCGCCAUCACCAUGGGUCCCGUGUCCUGGACAUACCCGGCCGAGAUCUUCCCCAUGCGCGUCCGCGCGAAGGCCGUCUCCGUCUCCACCGCCGCGAACUGGGUGUUUAACUUCGCGCUCGCGUGGGCGGUUCCCCCCGGUCUCUCCACGAUCGCGUACAAGACGUAUUUCAUCUUCGGCACGUUCAACUUCGCCGCCUUCAUCCAUAUCUUCUUCAUGUUCCCCGAGACGGCCGGACGCACGCUCGAGGAGAUCGAGGACGUCUUCAACCAGGGCCACGUCUUCACCGCGUGGAACGUCAAGCGCGACGUCGGCAAGAAGACGCUCAAGGACGUCGUGGGCGACAAGCACGAAGUCCACGCAGUCGACAGCCGCGACGAGAAGUCCGCGGCGUAGGCCGAAAACUCCUUACUCCUCCACGUAUCCUCACAUUCCCUCCUCCGCCUUGCUAUAUCGAAUUCCCUUACCCAGGCCGGCACGUGUUCCACCUGCGCCCGCGCCCACUCCUCUUGUAUGUCCCUCAGCGCACUAAUCUGUCCGCACGGGCGUGUUAUUGUGACGAUCAUGACUUUCUGCAUCUUGCAUCCUGUAUUAGUAUAGUCAAUCCCCGAGCUGUUGUUUGUUGUCGUCACCG